GAGAGGCAGUCCCAUUCAUAGGGCUGGUAGGCAGGCAGGCAAAGCGCAGGAGCGGUCACACACCAUCACCGACGUAGUGUGUGAGACAAAUGAUGGUCCCUCACUGAAAAUUCCAGGCCAGGCUAAACUGCGCUAUCAUCAGCCGUUUCGGCAUAGGAUAUACCGGCAACUAAAAGCGAAACAUCCUCUCAAGAAUGGAAUGCGAAUGUCUUGGUUAGGUCCUCUCCUGCGCUGAAUGCCUGCCGCGGAUAUAGACUUGACUUCCUCGUCGCCUCGCUCCUCAUCGCUGCCGCAGACAAGCCCCUCUACUCGAUUUAUUUAAUCCAGGCUGUCCGCCGACCACUGUCUUUGGCAUCUGGACACAUCAGAGCUGGUCUAUCGUUGUUGAAUUUAACGUGCCUGUGUGUGUGCUUGUGCUGCGUGUAUAAUGCCGACACAUUUGCGUUUCCGGAGAAGGUCAUUCCUUGGGCUUUUAUUCCUUUUUUCACUGUCCACCUCCGCAUUGUAUUUCAUCUACUCCGCCCCCGGAAUCGUGAAUGAGUAUGUGUUCAUGGUUCAAGCCAGAGGGAUCCAGAUCAGAGAGAACGUGAAGAACAUUGGGGCGCAGGUUCUGGAGCAGGUGGUGAGAGGGGCUUACAGCAUCAAUGGCACAGACUAUGCCUAUGACUUCAACGUGAGCGAGAGUGAUGCUCCUCCCACCACAUACCUCCCUGAGGGCUUCACCUACCUCCCUUCUCAGGUUUGCCCUGAGAGGCUGCACACCAUGAAGGGCAGGUUGGAGGUGAAUAUGAGUGAGGUGUCUUUGGAGGAGGUGGAGAGAUCCUUGCUGGAGGAAGAGCCUUACAUGGCCCAAGGAGGCCACUGGAAGCCCAACGACUGUUUACCCCGCUGGAAAGUGGCAAUCCUAGUCCCGUUCAGGAACCGACAUGAACACUUACCCAUUCUUCUGAGACACCUGGUGCCAGUGCUGAAAAAACAGAGACUCCAGUUUGCCUUUUAUUUCAUAGAGCAGUUGGGCACGGAGCCAUUUAACCGAGCCAUGUUGUUCAACGUGGGUUACAAGGAGGCUAUGAAGGACCUGGACUGGGACUGUCUGGUCUUCCACGAUGUGGACCACCUCAUGGAGAACGACAGAAACUACUACGGCUGCACAGACAUGCCCCGACACUUUGCAGUCAAACUCGACAAGUACUCCUACAUGCUUCCAUAUAAUGAGUUCUUCGGUGGUGUCAGUGGCUUGACGGUGAAGCAGUUCAAGAAGAUUAAUGGAUUUCCAAAUGCAUUCUGGGGCUGGGGAGGCGAGGAUGAUGACCUCUGGAACAGGGUGCAGUUUGCCAAUUACACAGUUAGUAGACCACACGGAGAGCAUGGGCGCUAUAUGUCAAUUCCACAUCACCAUCGUGGGGAAGUCCAGUUCCUAGGAAGGUAUAGUCUACUACGCCACUCAAAGGAGAGACAGAAAGUGGAUGGUCUUAACAACCUAAACUACUCCCCCCUAGUGUCCAGGAGACCUCUCUACACCAACAUUACAGUCAGCUUGAGCAGAAUGCUUGCACCCAUAGCUGACUACUGACGUAGGAACAGCUGGACUGCAAAACACCUGGGAAUCAAAGUCCUCUGGGACAUCAGCCAUAUCUCACCAGUGGCAGCACUGCUUAGAACGUUUUAGUUGAUUGAUUCUUUGCUGAAUUUCUUUAGUUUGUAUGCAAAAAAGGAGACUCAAAUAAGUAUGUUGGAUAAAUCAUAUAAGAAAUUAAGGAUAAAUGCUGCACUUGCUUGUGCCACAGUCCAUCACUCCUCUCAUCUGGGCUUAACUAGUCGUCAGUCUUGCCUUUUGCACCAUUUUGGCCUUCAGCAUUCAUUCAUUCAUUCAUUCAUUCAUUUUCUAAUUCAGUCAAUGAUUAGCUCAGCCCUACACUAUUGUGCUUGUUUAUUAAAAUAGGCCAUGAUACACACGCACACAAUAGUUUGACUUACAUGUGCUGACCUGGUCCCUGAGGCUUUGAUUUUUACUUUGCUCUUGCACUUCUUAUUUUCAUAAAUGCAGUAAGCCUAUUAAAACAUUUGCAUGCCCACACGAUACAGCAACUUUUAAACUGAGUGGACUCUUGCAGCUGGUUCUGCAGAAGGCUUGCCAAAUCUACAAGUGAAGAAAGCAAGAGAAAAUGAUAUAAAGUGUGAGUGUUUUCGGUCAUGUAUACUGUAUGUGAAAUAGUUUAUCUUGACUUUAGAGAAUAUUAAUACCUUAAUCAUCUCUCACCGACUAUUUUGUCCUGUGAACAUACCAUUUGAAGACUAGGAUGUUUGUGUUUGCAUAGUUGAAUUGGAUGUUCUGGCUGCCUGCAUGUGGCUAUGUUGGAGAGCAAUGCUCACCCUGUUAGCAAUAAGCUGUAAUAUCAGACAGCAGAACUUAGACCUGACUUCUUCACUAUACAGAUGCAAUAGCACGGGUGCUAUCAUGCCCUUAUUGGACGACCGAGAAGGAGUCACUGCAUAUGCAAACUUCACAUUCAACACACCUUUGCCUAAGCAAACAUGCCACCCUUUUCAGAACCUGUGUAUGUUUCUUUGUGUGUGUAUAUAAGUGAGGGAGAGCUAUGCAAAUGGCCUGUAUGUAUCCUGUUGUCAGUGUAAGGUCUUCAGGGUCACCUCUAGGAGACUUCACCCCUGAACCUCUAACUGACUGACUUUAGACCUCACUUUGUGUGCGGUGUGCAAGUCUAGGCCAGGAAGAGAUAAACAGUUGCCGUUUGGUUUUUAGAUCCCACAUCCUUAAUGUUUAUUCACCUUCAUUUUUUACAGGAGAGAAUUGGUGGUGGAGAAUACUUGAUUGCCGUCCCUGUCACUUGUGUUUACAGAAGCUUUUGCUUUGUUAUUUUUCAGAUUGUCUAGUGUUUGUAAUACUGUUUGCCAGCCCCCCUCCACCAUGGCUGCUGUGAGAACUGUAUCUUCAACAACCAAUGUAUGGCUGCCUUUACAUUUUUUUAACAGACACUUCUUUAUCCAGACAUGGUAGGGGAAAGCGGAUGUGAAUGCUUAUCUUACACGUCACGUAAUAAACCAUUGAUUAGCUUCGUUAGUUUCUGGCCAAGCUUGGCCAGUGAGUUUGUUUGACUGACAGCACUCAAUACGGCUGUUGCGAAUAGGGGUUGGGCUAAAAUGUCCCUACUCUGAUUUGUGUUUGACAGUGUUGAUGUUGAGUAAAAUAUCCCGUUACUGUAAACGUUCAUUUAAAAAAGAAAUGAAACCUGCAGACACUCUCUCUUCACUGUCUUGUCCUCUAGUCAUGCAGCUACUUCAUUUCACAUAAAUCGCCUUGUAUGCAUUUCUUAAGAUGUAUCUUUUGAGGGGAGAUGUGGGUGGUUGACAAACUGUUGUGUUUCCACAAUGAAAUAAGAAGUAAAGAGGCUGGACCUCAUUUUAUUUAUUUGAUCUUUUAUGGAUUAUUUUCUUAUUGUAAUUGUUCAGGUUUUUUUUUUUUUUCUUGCGGUUGAUAUGAUGAUUUAAUAGGUGACAUAUGACAGACUGUGUUAGAUGCACUGAAACUUGUAGUUAUGUGUAUUUGUGUGGGAUUGUGAGGUUCAGGUCUGUGUAAACAGGAAGCUGUUUUAUUUCAUUAAGCCGCAGAUUUCCUCUAAAGAAAUGAAUAGCUGGUUUUGAUGAAAUGGACGUGUAUUAAUCUGCUGAAUAGACACGUUGAAGGAGGCCAUUUUGUGUGACAACCACAGGAAGCGCAAAACUCCUAAUCAGAAAAUGCUAGUGGUCACCGUCUUUCACUGGGCACCUCCUUUAUACUAAUUGAUAAUCAAUGGUGCUGACCUUCCAGAGCUCCCUCUGUGGGAGUCUCUCUCUACGUGCUUACUGGAACCAUACUUAACAUCAUAAAGGCUAGUAUCAACAGGCAAAACAUCCCUCUACAGCAUAUAGGUGGCAAAAUAUAUUCAGUGUUUUUACAUCCACACAUUUGUAAACCUGCUGCCUUUUCAUCCAGCCAGAUGAAGCUCAUUUGUAUAUUUGUUGCUCUGGUUCAUUGCCACAAACAGAAACGUGGGUUUACCUCCUAGCCAAAUACUCAGCAGGUGCCCAGUGGAAGUGAUGAACAGUAGCACCAUUUGUGUUUUCUUUUCCAUGUGUGUUUGAAGAAAUGGCUAAACCUUUCAGAGGUCUAACUGUCCUCCAUCUUUAUCCUGAGUUUAUUUUGUUUUCCAGCACUGAUAUGAAAAUGAUUUAUAGUUACCUGGUUGUGAACAACUCACAGGUUAUUUUUUUUCUAGUUCUUGACACUUACAUGAUACACUGUAUAUUAUUAUUUUUUCUUGUUUUCAUUGCUUUAAAAAAAAGCUAGAUGGACAUAUAGCGGAAGCCAAAUGGUUUUAGUUUAAGUGUUCAGGUGAAGAUUCAGAUGCGGAGCGACCUCUCAAUAUACAGAUGUCCUCUGGAUGACAUAGAUAUUUUAAGAGUCAGUAUUAGGCUUUAUACUUCACAGUGUGGAACAUGCAGCUGCAUCAGCCAACACCAUAAUCAACAAGAUGGGUUUUUCACCAUGACUAAGUAACUGGGGCAAAUCGGUCAGCUCUCUCUUGCUUUUUAUUUAAAUCCAAAAAUGGACUGUUUUAAGUUUGUGAUAAGACAGUACAUGGUCUCAGUCCAGACCAAGACCAAGCCUGCUGCUCACUAAAGCGGCUUCAUUGUACCAUAAUCUCACCUGUUCUGAUCCAUUCUGUACCAGUUUAAAUGAAGGGACCCGUGCUUUGGGCAUCUGACAAAACUGGCAGCCUUAAAGCUUUUUAAUUUAUUGCGGUGUUUUUUCACUCAAGUUUUUUUUUAUAAGCAAAAAUAUUUAAAUUGAAAAAAAAGUGCAUAUCAAGAAAAUGAUCAUUGUAAAUAUUGUUGUGUGUAGUGUUUUAGAAGUUCUUUAAGGUCUUAAAUCACUACAGAUGCUAGCAUAAAGAACAAGGCUUUGGAGUGAUUUGGCUGGGGGUUUAUCUGGUGCCAUUCAAGUGCUAGUGAAGCUUACACAGCGACAUCAAUGUUUUUACAUCACUGCUUCCCAGCACAGCCUUUGUUUUUAAAAUAAUUAUUAAAAUAUCCUUAUCCCAUACAUUUUUUAGAUUCCUCUCACAAUCUCUGAGGUGCUCUACAUUUUAGAGGCCUCCCUGUACUUAAAAUGCUGGAAGUGUAGAAGAGACAUAUCAUGGCAGACGCUCAGUGUCCUUGUUUGUGAAUGGGAUGUCUCUUUGAUAGUGACAGCAGGAUGGGUAAGGUGUAGGUCAGAGGAAAGCACUGCAGAAUAGCGAUGUGUCAGCCAAAAACACCGUAUGCUUACAAUGCAAUGAAUCACAGGCACCCAAACCAGCGACACAAUCCACUCUAAAAUUCACACAAAUUAUUUUUUUGUAUGAAAGCUUACUAUUAAAAAAAGAUCCACAUUGCUCAAUUAAAAAUAUAUCUUCUCUGAUUGUAAGGAGAGCAAUUCUCCUUGAAUUGAAGCCAUUUGAAGCCACUUGUCAAAACUUGAUGUCAGCCUUAUGUGGAUCUGUUUGUGUAUCGGCAUAUUAUCUUUUGAUUAUUGAAAUUUGUAUGAUGGAGAUUUUCUUUUAUACCAUCAUUGUUAUUGUCAAAGUACACCAAUAAAAUGAAACUUGUAAAAAUACAGUAA